CUGUUUUCUGCGAGCUGCUUGAAAAGCCAUGUGUUGCGUUCGCGGUGCGUCAGAUUACUUCCCUGCCGCUUCUGCAGCAUGUUCCACAAGACACGAACGCAAGCGAGUUCAAAGCGGAACGUCAAACAAUAAAGACAACUCUGGAAUGAGGAUGGCCGUGUUAACAAACCACAAACUUUGGAGAUCCGUGGAUUAUUCCAAAUCGGUUCCUUUACCACUGAACAAGCAGCACCGAGUGACAGGCAGACUCAUGACAUCCUAACUCCUGUCCGAAGGUGUUUUUCUCAGUGAAGUGUGCAGCAAUGCCUUCGCUGUAUAUCGCUAUUGAGCUGCUGAUCGCCGUGCUGUCAAUCGCCGGUAAUGUGCUGGUGUGCUGGGCUGUGGCCAUCAAUUCCACCCUCAAGAACGCCACCAAUUACUUUCUGGUGUCACUAGCCGUGGCAGAUAUUCUGGUUGGCUGUCUCGCCAUCCCGUUUGCCAUUACUAUAAGCAUUGGUCUGUACUCAGACUUUUAUGGAUGCCUUUUCCUGGCGUGUUUUGUUCUGGUACUGACUCAAAGUUCAAUAUUUAGUCUUCUGGCCGUUGCCAUCGACAGAUAUCUGGCUGUAAAAAUUCCCCUGAGGUAUAAGGAGCUUGUCACAGGGAAAAGGGCAAGAGAGAUCAUUGCCAUUUUAUGGAUCUUAUCCUUCAUCAUUGGACUCAUCCCAUUCGUGGGCUGGAACCGUAAAGACUUGGCCUGCUCCAGAAAUGAAAGCAUCUUAAUACAGACUAGCAAUAGCAGUGAUGCCGCUCAGAUGGAAAUGGGCUUCUUGCAAAGCUGCUGCCUUAAGUGCUUAUUCGAGACCGUGGUGGACAUGAGCUACAUGGUGUACUUCAACUUUUUCGGUUGCGUGCUGCCACCUCUGCUCAUCAUGCUGGGCAUUUACGUCAAGAUCUUCAUGGUGGCGCGUAAACAGCUCCGUCAGAUCGAGCUCAAAUGCAGCGUGAGCAACGGCGAGAAUCACCACCACGGCCUGCUGCAGCGGGAGAUUCGUGCCGCCAAAUCGCUCUCCAUCAUCGUGGGCCUGUUCGCUGUCUGCUGGCUGCCCGUGCACAUCUUAAACUGCCUCACUCUCUUCUACAGAGAGCUGAAGAAGCCCAGCUUCAUCAUGCACAUCGCCAUCAUCCUCUCACACACCAACUCAGCCGUCAAUCCCAUUAUCUACGCCUACCGCAUUCGGGAGUUCAGAGUCACUUUUAGGAAGAUUCUGAACCGGCAUUUCUUUUGUCGACGGGACGAGUUGUACCGCAGCUCCAACGGGAGCAGCCGGCACAGAGACCAGAUUACAAUGACCAUCGACCCUCUACUUUAGACGUCUUUGUCAAAAAAAAAUAUGAGAGAAAUGUUUACAGACCAAAGAACUGCAAACAGCAUGAACAUGUAUUAAGACAAUGUCCAUUCGUGAAGACGGCAAGGACACUAUCGAACAUUGAGGAUUUAACAUUGAACUGUGAAAAAACACUAAAAAUCUGUGGAAAUAUUUAUAGAUUGCAUUUCCAAGCACUAACAGACUUUCGCAGCGGCUUUAGGUCAAGUGCAGGAAAGCUAAGAGUGGUCGGUGGGCCUCUGGAAGUGCUGAAUGAUGAACCACAUAUGAGAAGCCUACAUGAAGAUGCUAUAGAACAAUAAAACAAAUGGGCAGCUUUAGUUAAAUCUUUAAUGAUCACUUGUUUGUAGAACAGCCCAGAGGAACAAUCUGAAUUCAUAAGGCACAUCAUCUGAAUACGCCACCGUGGAACAGGGAACACAAAGUAACCGUUUCUAAAUGCUUGAAUGUGUUAGUACUUUUUGUUUUUUACAGUUGAGACGGCUGGUUUAGACUGCUCAGGAACACACACGAGGUAAAAGCAAAUUUAAGUCCCCAUGAUAGAAAGGAAAUCAUAAAGCAAUGUUCUGCACAGCAAAUUAUGAAAAAUUACCCCACUUUCAGUUUUUUCAUAAUUUGAAGGCUCUACUAGUCCAUCCACAGCUCAAUUAACCCAACAAGUUCAUAACUGAAACCUAAAUGACUUCCACAGACACACUGGGUACACACACCAUACAGUCACCCCGAUACUAUUUGGACAGGCUCACCUUGAAAUGUAUUGCAUUACAUAACAAAAAGUGUUAUAAUACUGUUUGGUAACGCUUUACAAUAAUGUUACAAUAAUAUAUACUAACAUGAACAAACAAUGAGCAAUUACUGUAUGUAUUCAUCUGUGUUAACGUUAAUGAAAAUACAGUCGUUCAUUGAUAGUUCAUGUUAAUUCACAAUGCAUUACGUAAUGUUAAACAACUUUUGAGUUUAUUAAUGCAUUAGUAAAUAUUGAAAUUAACAAACUAAGAUUAAUAAAUGCUGUAGAAGUAUUAUUCAUUCUUAGUUAAUGUUAACUAAAGUAGUUAUCCAAUGAACCUUAUUGUAAAGUGUUAACUAUUGUUUUAUAAUUUAGAACUAAUAGAUCUAGCGGUUUCUUAAAAUAAAUGCCACUUUGAUGUUUUGUUAUCUAAUGCAGUUACAUUCAGACAUUUUUAAGUGUUGCUGAAAUGUAGAAAUAAUUUUUGGGUCAGCACGUUACUUAAUGACCAUUACACUCGCUUUCUUUAUAACAUAUACCCAGUGGAUCCAAAAUCUGAGACAACUACUAAAAAUAUCAUUUUAAUUGAUCAGAAGUUGACCUGCAUGUGCAUCGAUAGCUUGUGUCAGACCUGAUGAUCAUGUUCUCCAGUAUGACUUGAGAUGAUCCAAAGAACAUCUUGAGCUUCACUGAAAGAGCAUAUGAUUGUCGAAAGAGAGAGUGCAUUUAGGCCAUGCCCACACUGGUUGCAAUCCAACGCUCUUCAUUGACUUUGUAUUGCGGUAAGCUGCCUCCUUGUCCUUUCUGACUUAUAACAAAAAACAGAUCAAUGUCUAAAAGCUGUUAUGUGACAAGGUGUACAGUAAACAAGCUAAAAAAUUUCUCCAGCCAAAGAAAGUUAAGGGAAAGAAGCAACUAACAUAGACUGAUAAAAUUUAGUUUCUCAGUAUAUCUCCUCCUCUCAGGUUUACAUAGGGUGGUGAAAUAAUCUUUUGAAAUGGUUAAAAAUAAUGAUUGUUUUCUGUCGCGAUUAUGUUUCCCUCCAGUGGGCGUAAUUCUUAGCAUAACAUGACACGUUGAGCUCUACUUUUGUCCUUAAACACUCGUUUUUUUGGGGUCGACAGCUUAUAAAAACAUAGUUCUGGGGUUUUUUUUUAGCUUGUCUACUGUACACCUUGUCACAUAGCAGCUUUUAGACAUUGUUUUGUUUUUUGUUAUAAGUCAGAAAUGACAAGGAGGCAGCUUCCCACAAAACAAAGUCAAUGGAGAGCGUUGGACUGGUCCCCCCCCGCCGGUGGGCGUGGUUUUCUAUACAAAGUCACAUGAUCAGUGUCACUAAUUUAUGAAUAAUGUUUGAAAUUUGAAAUCAUUGAUUAAAUCAUUGAAACUUUUUAAAAACUUUUUCAAAAAGUAGAAAAAACCCUUUUCAAUUUGAAUUGAAUCCCAUUUUUUCACUGUGGUCUCGGAUGUUUGGAGCUCACUGUAAUAUCAGUAGCCUUUCACACAUACUGUCUUUACUGUUAAAUUACCGGUAAAUUACUGUUAAGAUAUUAUGAGUGAACAGGACCUUUUCAAAAAUACCAGUAAGUUCAUUCUGGCAAUUUACUGGUACCGGUAUGGCAAAUUACCAGUAAGGUGCUCUGUGUGAAUGCAGAACGAGAUUACUGGUAUGAGCAUGUAUGAGUUCAGAACGUGCUGACGUAAGACGUCUACUCUGUGCCGAUAAUAACGUUCUGACACAGAUGACACAUUUACUUGGUGCUGUGUAAUUCGUUUUAAAUUUGUCUUAUAUGACAUCUCUGGGGCCAAAAGCAGCUGCAUAAAUGUGAAUGUUUGACACAAAAAUGAAAACAUAAAUAAAAACGCCCACUCCAUGUUUACAAACACAAGACCAGGAGGCACAGCCAUUUAGAGGUCAUUUCCAUUUAAUGAUGCCACAGAAUUUACUGGUAUUUUGAAAGUGGUGUGUAAAUGGUGCUUUACCGGUAAAUACACAGAGCAUCAUUGCCUGUGUUCUGGUAAUUUUACGGCAUUUACUGGUAUUACUGUGUGAAAGGGAUCUCCAUCCUUAAAUUUCCGAUGUCUGUCUGUGUCACAGCCCCUAGGAAUCAGUUUGUUAUUGAA